GUUGAAGGACUUUUUUCGUUGUGUAUGGAAAUCUCGUUGUGUUCUUUAUGUUUCCGCUUUUAGUGUUUCGUGUGUAAAUCUUCUCUACUCUGCUGUUGAAAAGAUUCAGGGUUCUUACUAGCUGAUUGGUAUUAAGAUGGUGGUGGCGCAGUUCAUUCGCCAGGUAUAUCGCCCAUAUGGGUUCUUUGCGAAGUCGAUCAUAGUCGGCUUAUUGGGUCUCUGUUUCGUGCUUGUUUGCUCUACGUUUUUGUUUUCUUCGUCAUCUGUUGCCUUUCAAAGAAAUAGCUUCAGUGACAUUAAAGAAAAUUUUUCGGUGGAUGAGAAGGUAAAAGAUUCAAGAGUGCAACUUAAGAAGAUAGAGCCAGGUAGAAAGGAAGUUCCCAAAGAUGAUCACUUGGUGGAAUCCAUUUUGGGAGGGAAAGACGAGAAACAGAGAGGUGGGCGUGAUUCCAAUGGUAAUAAUCACAGUGCGGGGAAUGAUAAAAAAGAUGCAGGGAACCAGAGAGCUGAUCUGGUAAGGCCGAAUGCUACUCAUGGGUCAGAAGGAUGGAGGAAUGAGGAAUUGCAAAAGGUAGAGGAUCAAGGCCAAAUAAAACAAGAAGAAGAAGUGGAUGCCAAGGGAGACAAUGAUGUGGUGAUUGAAGAGGAUGGUGUUUUGAACAACUCAACAGACCAGGUAACUGAAGAAAAGAUAGAAAAUAAGCUGGGGGAAACAAACAGUACAGCUAAGGAGGUGGCGCCAAUAUUUGAUUCUAGAUCUCAAUUCACCUGGAAACUCUGCAAUGUAAGGAGCAAAUACAAUUACAUUCCAUGUAUUGACAUUGAACACCCCACUGGGAAGCUGCACGGCUAUCGACAUCAGGAAAGAAGUUGUCCUAGAACACCUCCUACAUGUCUUGUUCCUCUUCCUCCUGGGGGGUAUCAACCUCCAGUGCAAUGGCCUGAGAGCAAAUCUAAGAUAUUAUAUGGCAACGUGGCGCACCCAAAAUUCUCUGCAUUCGUUAAGACACGGAGAUGGAUAAAUGAAUCUGAACAUUAUCUUACUUUCCCUCAGGACCAGUCGGAGUUCAAGGGUGGGGUCGUUAACUACAUUGAUUCUAUUGAUGAGAUGGUACCUGACAUUGAAUGGGGAAAGAAUAUCCGCGUGGUACUGGACAUUGGGUGCACUGAUUCAAGCUUUGUAGCUGCUCUUCUUGAGAAGGAGGUAUUGACUUUGUCAUUGGGCUUGAAGGAUGACCUAGUGGAUCUAGCACAAGUUGCUCUAGAGCGCGGUUUUCCGGCACUUGUGAGUCCUUUUGGAACAAGAAGGCUUCCUUUUCCUAGUGGUGUUUUUGAUGCCAUUCAUUGUGGUGGAUGUGGCAUACCUUGGCAUUCUAAUGGGGGAAAACUUCUUCUAGAGAUGAACAGGAUUUUGCGACCUGGUGGUUACUUUAUGUUGUCUACCAGAUAUGACAACAUUAAAGAGGAAGAAGCUAUGUCUUCAUGGACGGCAUCAAUUUGUUGGAAUAUCCUGGCGCAUAAAAUGGAUGAAAUCAGUGAACUGGGUGUUAAGAUAUAUCAGAAACCAGAAUCAAAUGAUAUAUACCAGUUAAGAAGGAAGAAAAGCCCUCCUAUAUGCCAAGAGAAUGAAAACGCAGAUGCAGCCUGGUAUGUUCCAAUGAAGACUUGCUUACAUACCAUUCCAGCUGCCAUUGAACAACGUGGAACUGAGUGGCCUGAUGAAUGGCCCAAGAGGCUCGAAACUUUUCCUGAUUGGUUGAGUGACAAAGAGAAAGUGAUUGCAGAGACUGAUUUCUGGAAGGCUAUUGUGAACAAGUCCUAUCUGAAUGGCAUGGGUAUCAACUGGUCAAGUAUCCGGAAUGUAAUGGACAUGAAAUCAAUUUAUGGAGGGUUUGCAGCUGCUCUGUCACCACAGAAAGUGUGGGUGAUGAAUGUUGUCCCAGUCAAUGCACCAGAUACUCUAGCCAUCAUUUAUGAGCGUGGACUUUUGGGAAUCUACCAUGACUGGUGUGAGUCUUUUGGCACUUAUCCAAGAUCCUAUGAUCUUCUGCAUGCUGAUCAUCUCUUCUCAUGGCUUAUAAACAGAUGUAAGCAUCCUGUAGGGAUUGCUGUUGAGAUGGACCGAAUACUACGGCCCAAUGGUUGGGCCAUCAUACGUGACAAGGUUGAGAUACUUGAUCCUCUAGUGGUAAUCUUAAAAAGUUUGCAUUGGGAGAUCCGAAUGACUUAUUCGCAGGAUAAGGAGGGUAUCAUUUGCGCAAAGAAAACCAUCUGGCGGCCAUGAAGUCUUAUGUGGGCCUCUUACGUUGGAUGGCCAAAAUUCCAUGUCAUAAAAGAGGGAAAAACCCUGAGUUUGUGUUGCCACUCCUUUUCUAUCCCAUAAAACCAAGGUAAGCAUUUUCCCUUGCUUAUCCCAAAUCAAGAACACAAAUUCUUUGCCAUCCUUGUCGGAAAUAUAUGAUUCCCCUUUCUUUUUUUUUAAUCUUUGUGUA